AUGGUCGACGGGGCGAGUGCGACACACCACGACAGCCCUGUUGAUAUCUGUUUGGGUCGGUGGAUGUGGUCUGUUGUGGGCGCGUGUCCGCGCAGCCGGCACCGUGUGCAGCGCAGGGCCAUUGUGGCUGUGCGUGCGGCGCUUCUUUUUGUGUUGGUGCUGGUUGCGGCGGCGGCGUUUAUGCCCGCGGUGCAUGCGGUGGUGUUGCGACUGCGGGGCGGCACUGUGGACAGAGCCAUCACGGUUGGCCGCGCCGUGGACACGGUGCUGAUGGACGGCGUGUACAUCACGAACGGCGUGGCUGUUGUGUUCGACGUGCCGGCGAUGCUUCCCGGCGCGCUGCGCAUCGAACUGAGGAACUGCGUGUGCGACGGUGGUGCGCAGAUCUACGUGCGGGGCUACAGCGGCGAGCCGGCGAGUGACCGGAGCCUGGAGGUGAGCGUGAGCGGGCUGUCCGGGAGCUACUGCUCGCUCGUGUUUGUGCACAACCUGCCGGCACACACGAGCGUGACUGUCCGUGACUCGACGAUUGUGACGGCGGGGCCGAUGCGCUUCUCGCAGCUUAGCGGGCUGACGGACGCGGUGGCGUCGCCGCUUGUGCUGCACGCGACGUCGCUGUUGCGGACGCAGCUGCGUGUGAGCAGCACUGUGCUGAGGUCGUUGCAGGCGGGCGGGUCGGCGGUGUACUUUGGCGGCGACGUGGACCUGCUGUCGAGCGCGGUGGUGCUUGACGGCUUGUUGCUGGAGGCGUCGGGCGGUCCGACCGCGUCUGCGAUGCAUGUGGCGUCCUCGUCGCGCCUCAGUCUGCGGAGCCACUCGGUGUUCUCCGUGACAAGUGUGUCGGUUGUGAGCGGCGGCGGCGGCAUUGUGCUUGGAGAGCGCCUCGCGGUGUUUGAUUCGGUGCUGCGCUUCGUGCGCGUCGAGGGGUCUGCUGCGUCGUCGCUGGUGCGCUGCGGCGGUGGGACGAUCGGUGCCGGCGGGUGGCUGGAGCUGCGCGACGUGUGGGCGGUGGGCGAGGCGUCGUCGGUGGCGUCGCUGUCGGGUGUGACGCUGAGCGGCGGCACCGUGUCGAUUGCGCGCUGCGCUGCCACUGGCGCGACGCUUGUCUCCGGGCCGGCAAUCACGAGCGGCGUCGUGUCGGUGCAGUGCAACCGUGCCGGCGGCCGGGUGCUGCAGAGCAGCGGCGACUACCGCAUGGCCGGCCUGCCCUCCGUGAGCGUGGUGCCGUGCGACGGCUGUGCGGCCGCGCUGGCGUGCUUUGAUGCACUGACGGCGUCGUUCUCCGACUGCGUGUGCAGCUGCCGUGCCGGCGGCGUGGGCGAGGCGUGCCUGCCGUUCGAUGUGCCGCCUGCGAGGGCUGGCGGUGGUGGUGGCGGUUCACAGGGCUGCGUGAGUGGCGUGACGCUGACGGAGUCCGUGACGGUUGGCGGCGGGCGUGCGACGGCGUGCUUCGACUCGGUGGUGUUCAGCGGACCGAUCACUGUGACGGUGGACCUGCGCUCGAUGGACGCGUUCGCUGACGCGCUGAACGUGACGCUGCGCCACUGCGUGCUUGCGGGCGGCGCGCAGCUGCGGAUUGGCGGCCUCAGCGAGAGCACGGCGCGCCUGAUGCCCCACGCUCUCGUCAACAUGACGAAUGUGACGUCGCUGGAGGGCGUGAUUGUGCUGCAUGGCGCGAUGCCGCCGAACUCGAGUGUGCUGCUGGCGAACUCGACGCUGCGCGCGACGGUUGGCGGGUCGCAGUACGUGACGACGACCCGUGGCUACGAAGGGUUUUGGUACGGCCCCGCGCUUGUCCUGGACGGUGUCCGGCUUCUGUCGACGCGGUUUGUCAUGACGCGGUCGAUGCUGGUUUGUGGCGGGGGCUCGUGCGCUGCGAUCCUCGUGGAGCGCGGCCUUGGCGUGAACCUGUCCAGCGUCUUCUACAUGGACAACUGCGCUGUCGUUUCGCAGACGCACGUGAUGCACGCCCUUGCGUCGGAUUUGCAUGUUGUUAGCGGCUCCGUGUUCUCCAUACAGAACAGCUCGUGGAGUGCGCCGAGCGUCGAAUACUACGAAGGUGCGUGUAUGUUUGGGGACGUUGUGGUGGCUGGCGGCAGCGUGCUGCAGGUUGUGUCCAGCACUUUCCGUCUCGGCUUCGCCAUGCUCAUGGUAAAAAGGCUGACCGUGACCGGCGGCAGCUGGCUGGUGCAUCGCGACAACGAGUUCCGCACCGCCUACGUUGUGUACUUGGCUAAGGAGAACGGCGUCGCGUUUUGCGAUCGGAGUGUGUGGUCGAUACUUUACAACAAACUUACGUGCGGUUCGUACUCGUCAACCAUCGCACACAUAACCAGCAACUGGUCACCACCAUCCGACUCUCGCCCGAUCAUCUACGGCAUGUGCAACGAGGCAAGGGGCUCUCCUGUGACGGAUUACCAAGACGAUCUCAACAUUGGAGCACCCGUGACGGCACUGGACUGUGGUGCGUGCACCAUGGACGCUGUGUGCUUUGCAGCGAGGACGAGCAGCAUCAGCGGCUGUGAGUGCGUGUGCGCUGCUGGCGGCCACGGUGACACGUGUCUGCCGGCUGCGGUUCCGGACGGCCUUGGACCGCUCCCGCUCCCCGAUGCGAAGGACUCGGAGGUCCGCUGCGUGCAUGGUGGCAGGAUCAGCUCCGUGGACUAUCCUGAUCCCGGUGUGCGUGGUCUGUGCUUUUUCAACGUGACCUUCACUGCCCCGAUAUUCCUGGACCUGUGGAGCUUCGACGCACCACAACAGACACUCAACAUCACGCUGCUGCAGUGCGUCCUCGUGGGCCUGUUGAUCAGGGGGAGUGGUGCGAGAGUGCACGUGAACGUGACAUCCUCGGUAUUGGAUUCUGGUGCAUUGGAGUUUGGGGGUGAUUUUGGCGUGAGCUCCCUGAUACUGGUGGUGGGCAGUACGCUUGUGACGACGUCGAGUUACGCCACCCGAUUCCCGAGGUUUACUUUUGAUGCGAACACGACGCUGCUGCUGCUCGACAAUUGCAUCGAGGGGAAUAUUUAUGCAGUUUAUUUUCCCGAUGUUGUUGUUGUUGAUGGUGGCGGGAUCAUUGUGCAGGGGAAUACGCUGAGGACAAGGAAGAGGGAUUACAGAUCGGCAUCAGCCGUUUGUUUUCCCGCUGUUGAUGUGAGGAACGGCGGCUACAUUGACGUGGAGAACAACACGAUGAGCGCAUUAAAUGGCGUUUGUCUUUUGGCGGUUACCACCGUGAGCUCCGCGGGGCUGCUGCGAGUGGCGGACUGCACCUUCAUUGGCGGGACUGAAUUUUUGGAUCCCGCGCUGGUGUAUGUUUCUGGCUCAGUGACUCUCGAGGGCGGUGCGCAGUGGCGUGUAGAGGGCAACAGCGUGGGUGCAGCCUCAGUAUUAAUUAUUCCGCAUUCCCAGUACAAAGUUAAGUUGUCGGGCAGCGGCACCACCGUGGCGCUUGCAAACAACCGUCAGGUGGACGAUAGUUAUCCCUUUGCUGAUCUUUCUCCGCCAGACACGAUUGUUGAGCUACCCGCAAGGUUUGUGGUUGGGUGCAACCUGCAGGGCGGUGAGGAGGCGUCGUACGACGGUGUGCUUCCGGAGGGCGUGGUGAUUUUCAGGUGUGGCACAUGCGACGACGACGCGGCGUGCUACAUGCCCGGGACGGAGUCGGUGGACCGCAGCUCGUGCUCGUGCAGCUGCAAGGACGGAUGGCAUGGCGCGUCGUGUCUUUUCUUCGAGGUACCCGACACGGUUUUGCCGCCCUUGCCGGAGAGAGCUGUUGACGGCGACACGAGCUGCGUGGUGGACCAGACGCUGACGGACCUCACGCUGAACAUGUGGAAGACGCACCACUGCUACGCAGGUGUGAUAUUCAGCGGCAUGGGUGCUGCGCUGACGUUCUCCCUCAACAGCAUGCCGCUGCAUCUCCCCAUCAACAUCACGCUCACUGGGUGCACAUUCCGUGAGGGUGCUGCGCUGCAGUUUGUUGGUGGCGCUGAGGCGACCGAGUCAUCUGGUAUCCUGAUCCGCGUGAGCCGGACGGUGAUGCGUUUCUCCGUUGUUGUGUUUGCACUCGCCCUCCCGCUGCACUGCGACAUCGCCGUCACGGAGGUUGACGCGGUGCAGUCCUCUGAGGUUCAGCUACUUGACCUUAUGAGCAAAAUGCUGAACGUGGUGCUGCUGCAGAACGUUUUUUUGAAUGCUUCCUCGUUGUUGGUCAGCAACGUCAAGGCGCAUGCACCGAGGUAUCGUGGGCCUGGCUUGUACUCGGUUGGGACGCUGAAGCUGGUGGGCGGCAGCUCGCUUUACACGCGGUACUGCAGCUUCGAUGGAUACACACACCUGCUGCACAUGAAUAUCCUCAUUGUCCGCAAUCACUCUGUUUUUGCGCUGCUAAACAAUAGAAUUUCUUUUGGGGCAAGCCUUUUUUAUCUGCGCCACGGAUUCAGCGUGUCGGAACACAGUGUGUUGCGCGUGGUGGGGAACAGUGUUUUUUCAUUCUAUGCAAUUUACGCUAACAAAUUUUGGACCGUUCAGCAGUCAAGCUGGCUGGAUUGGCGUGACAACGACGUGGGUGUGGGUGCGAUUUUCAAGGACUGUGAUCCCACUUUUGUGAGCAUUGACGGCAGCAGUGUGGUGACGCUGACGGACUGCACGAUGGGCUCGACGGGGUUGUCGGUUUCCUUGCUAUCUCGGGCUGACGCUGGCUACCGGUUCGUUGCUGGGUGCCUGAAGGUCGCGGGACGGGAGGUGACGACGGCAGCUGAACUGGAGCUCCACGGCAUCACCAACGUGACGACGGUUGCUGCUUGCGGGGAGUGCACGAAGGACGGCGACUGCUUUGCUCCGCUGACGACGGCGGUCAUUGACUGCAAGUGCCGGUGCGCUGCUGGAGGGCACGGCGAUGUGUGUGUCCCGGCGCCUGUGCCUGCUGGCCCGCCGCCACCACUGCCGUCGCCGCCAUCGCCCCCACGCACACCGCCGCUGCCGCCAGUUGGUGAGUGCAUCAGCGACAUGGUGUACCCCGAGGUUGCGCAGGCAGUGGGCGGCGGGCUGUCGUGGCUGUGCUACCGCAACGUGACGUUCAGCGGGGGCGGCAUGAGCCUGACGGUGCUGGUCGGAGCGAUGACGGGCGACGUGGCGAACGUCACGUUCGAUGGAUGCACGUGGAGGGACGGCGCCGUGCUGUUGCUGUUGGGCAACGCGCACGCCGCUGUUGGGUCGCUGAACAUCGUCGUCACCGGCAACAGUUUUAGUGACGCGCUGCUCAGCCCGGAGGGUGUGUUCCCACCGCAAACGAACAUCACGAUCAGCGGGAACCGCUUCAUUGUCACGAGGCUGAUCCCUCGGUCGGGUUUGGUCCUUAGGAAGCCGUCGUGUGUCGCGAUGAAUGGACUGGCGAUCAGCAACGACUCCGCGGUGGUGCUUAGUGGCAACGUGUUUCAGGCCAUGACGGCAUCGUCAAGCGCCAUUCACGUUGUCAGAUCUGCGCUGAGGGUGUCGUGGCACUCCGUGUUUGCGGUGGUGGGCAACGUGUUUCAUAUGGACGGCGCUAACGGCACGCUGAUAUAUCUUGAAAGGUCUGGCCAGUCCUCAUUGCUGAGCGUACUGAACAACUCUGCUGUGGUGAUCCGAGGCAACGUUGUGACGAGGCCGGUGCAGUACUUCAUGAACAUUUUGUCGGUCUUAAGUGUGGAGUCCCAGUCAGCGGUUGUUUUUCAGGGCAACGACAUGCAGGGAAGCUUGGUUGUUUUUUUCCCAAGAUACUCUUCCUACAUCUACUACAACUCCUGGCUGCAGUUGAGCGGCAACCUCUGCCGUGAAUCCCCAUCGGAGGCCUUUGCUUUAUUUUACUCCACGGUGAAUCUCCGCGACUCCGCGGUGUCAGUGUCCGGCAACCGAUUCAUGUCCAGCACGGUGACGCCGACGGUGCUGCGGAUACCCAAAAGGUCCCGCGAUCCCACAAACGGAGAGAUUGUGGCUGCGUGCAACACUGUGAACGGUGAGGAGGGAGUGAAAUACAGCAUACCGUCCGUGUACAAUGCCACUAUUCUGACCUGCAGCGACCCAUGCACUCUCGCGGCAUCGUGCUUCCCUGCGUACACGACGACGGCCUCGAGUGAUGUCUGCGCCUGCACGUGCGCGGAGGGCGGGUACGGCGAAGCGUGCCUGCCUGUCGCUGUCCCCGAGCCACCAAGCACCGACGGCGCCGACUUGUGCGUGCGCGACGUGCGUUGUGAUGUGGAGGUGAAAGUCAGUUUCGGGACGUCGGUGGUAUGCUACGUUGGCUUGACCUUUGCGGCGGACGUCGUGGUGGACGUGGCGUCGAUGUCAGGGAGCGUGCGCAACGUGACGCUGGCGAACUGCACGUUUUUGGACGGAGCGAGCCUGUACGUUGUUGGGUGGAGGUCCGACCCGCCUGCUGGCGAGCGCGCCGAUGUGUUGAUUAGCGGGCUUGAGUCGCGCUCCGGCGGCGGCGUGGUGGUGGCGAGCCGAUACCCGCCGGGCUCGCGCGUCACCGUGGUGGACUCGCUGCUGAUCGCAGAGAGGCGUGUUGCGUAUCGCGGCGCCUACGGCCUUGGCGAUGCCUCCGCGUGCCUCGUGUUGCAGAAAGUGAAUCUGACGGGGAGCGUGCUGACCAUUGCGCGCACGCAUGUGGCGGCGGUGUUCCGCGACGCUGUUGGCGUGCUGGUGGUUGGCGGCGUGGCGCUGUCGUCGCGCGGUGCGCUGUACGUGGACGGGCUGUUGGUGCAGACGGCGCUGGGGCUGUGCGUGUCGGUGGAGGGCGGUGUUGCUGCCAGCGGCGGCUCCGUUGUGGCGUUUGCUGACAGCGACUUCCUGCUGUGCAAGCACGCGGUGUCUGUGCGUGGGGCUGUGAGCGUGUCGGGCUCUGCUGCGGCGCUUGUGCGGAACGAAUUUUCGUCGACGGAGGACUACGCGGUGGCGUUUUAUUCGACGGUGAGGCUGGCCGGAGGGUCGAUGCUGCUGGCGAAGGGCAACGUGCACGACGGCGCCUCGAGGGAGAUGCUCCACGCCGCUGGUGCAGUGACCGCUGCUGGGAGCACGCUGAGCUUUGUGCACAACCGAGCGCUGCUGCCACGGAUGCUGUCGGCGGGCCUGUCGCUUGCGGCUGGGGCGCAUUUGAGGGUGGCGUGCAACGACGCUGGUGGCCGUGUCCUGUCGACGGCGGAGGAGUACGCAGCGGCUGGUUUUGGCGACGCUGGGAGCAUCGACGUUGUUGGGUGCGACGACUGCGACAGGGACACUUACUGCUACGCGCCCGGGACUGCGUCGGCGAGCAUGAGGAACGGUGUGUGCGUGUGCAAUUGCGGCAGCAGCAGUGGGUACGGCGAGGCGUGCGUGCCUGUGGGCGCUCCCGCUCUGCCGCCCCGUGUGGGCACUGCGUCGAGUGUGUUUGUCCG